AUGUCGACGACAGAAGAGGACGUUCCCCAAGCGGAGAGCUCGCGAAGAUCAGGCGAAAAGUCGCGUGGAAACCGGGCAGCAAAUGGAGCAAAGACAGGUGAAAGCAAAGAGGGCAAGGUCAAGGACUCGGACUUCUACUUCAACUUUUAUGCGUCGCUCCAGAAUCAGGCGAACAUGAUUGGAGAUAUCGCGAGGACUGGGACAUAUCGCAAGGCGAUACUGGGGAAUGCGGAGGUAGCUUUUCGGGAUAAGAAUGUCCUAGACCUUGGAGCUGGAUCUGGCAUUCUAUCGUUCAUGUCUGCCCAAGCCGGCGCAAAGCAGGUGAUCGCCCUGGAAGCGUCAUCUAUGGCUGAUAAGCUUGACAUCAUGAUCAAGCAGUCCGACCGUGGCGAAGCAAACCCUCACUUCAAGAACAAGAUCCGGCUGGUGAAGGGUAUGGUGGAGAACCCCAAGGUUCAGCAGGACGUUCUCAGAACGGGCAAGGUGGACACCAUCAUCUCGGAGCCAAUUGGGGUCAUGCUGCUGCAUGAGCGCAUGGUGGAGAGCUUCCUACUCGCCCGAGACCUGUUUUUGAAGCCUGAUGGACAGCUUUUGCCCAGCGGAGGGUCCAUCUUCUUCUCGCCGUUCACAGAUGAAGGACUCUUUAUGGAGACUGAACAGAAGGCCCAAUUCUUUAACCAAGAGCUCUUUGGGACGGACUUCCGCGCUCUGUAUGACGAAGCUCGGAAAGAGGCUUUCGCUCAGCCCAUCGUCGGCAUGUUCCCACCUCCCUCUCUCGUCUCCUCAGCAUGUCCGCCGAAAGUUUUCGACUUUUACGACGCCAAGAUGGCCGACUUGCACGAGUUCACCGUCGACGUGGACUUUGUGAUACAUCGCACAGCGCUCGUACACGGUCUUGCAUCUUGGUUUGACCUUGCCUUUACACCUCGCCCCCCUCCAUCCACGCCAGCGUCAACACAAGCUGAAUUAGAGGCCUGGGACUUCUCCGUCGGCUCGUCUGCACAGACGUGGCCCUGGAUGCAGGCUGAGAACCCGCUCAACCCGGCCAAUCCGCCACCUGCACCCAAAGGUGGACUGGAUGUUCAGCUGAGCACCGGGCCAAACGUCCCUCGGACACAUUGGCAACAAGCGCGACUGCUUUUACCUGAGCCAUUGGCUGCGAACAAGGGCGAGAGGGUGAUUGGGAGUAUACAUUUCAAGGUCAAUGACGCCCGGUCAUACGACAUCACACUUGACAUCUGCAUCGACCGGCCUGGCCCAGAGCACAAUCCCAACCCGCUCCGGAGGCACGCGGAGUACAAUUUGUCUCAACAGUGUUUCAACUAUUCAUAUAAUCCAGAUGUCGUCGCUGGAGCGAAUGUCUUCGGAGCUUGA